AUGGCUUCCAUCCCCCUCGCCUGCUACCUCUGCGUGCAGAUGCCCAAAGACACCAGCGUACCCUCAAAGCCCUACAGUAGCCUUAUAUCUCAAGAGCCGGCGGUAGAAGACGACACGGCAAAGAAGUUGUUGUACAACGGGCUGAAGUACUCCUUCAGAGAUGUCUACAAUAUGAAACAGGCUGUGUCCCGUCUUAGGAAGAAGAGGAUUGACAGUAGAAAUGCGCAUACGCCUGUCAAGACAACUACGGAUUCAGACAACGUGUUUGUUAAGGAAAUGAUGACGUUGAACACUACCAGAAUCCAAGUGUCCCUGGAUGAGGUCUUCCCGAUGGUGCAGUCUGGGGGUUACUACAAGCCUCCUGAUUGUCACUCCAAGCAUAAAGUUGCUAUACUGGUGCCUUACAGAAAUCGGACGAGGAACCUCACGGUUUUCCUGUUCAACAUACAUCCGUUUCUGAUGAAUCAAAAGUUGGAAUAUAGGAUAUUUGUCAUCGAGCAAGUUGGUUUUGGCAAGUUCAACAAGGGCCGUCUCUUCAACGCUGGCUUCAAGGAGAUGAAGAAGUAUGGCGAGUGGAAGUGUGUGGUCUUCCACGAUGUGGACCUGCUGCCACUGAGCGGGCGCAUCUUGUACACCUGCCCGUCCUUCCCGCGACACAUGAGCAGCGCCGUCAUCGAUAGGACAGCUCAUACAAAUGCCAGUUCUCCAAUUCUAUUCGGUGGAGUGACAGCAAUGACCUUGGAGCAUUAUGAAAAGGCCAAUGGACACUCAAAUAUGUAUUGGGGCUGGGGUGGAGAAGACUACGACAUGUUCUGGAGGUUACGGGCAGCUGGUAUUCCCGUGGUGAGGUACAACAAGACUGUAGCUAGGUACCUGGCGCUACCACACGGUCGAGAACGCGUGAAUCCGUUGAGAUACCGCCUCCUCCGCACUGCUAUAGACAGAUGGCAGGAGGAGGGCCUCGCAGACUUGGAGUACAGAGUGGAGACGUGCUUCAACCGCCACCUUUUCACCCACAUCCGGGUCAACAUCAACCUUAGCGGCGAUGACGCCAUCAACCUUUGA